AUGUUUACCAAUCAGAUUACAAAUAAUAACAAUAGUAGAAAGAAAGAAAUAGAUUAUGAUGAUGAUGACGAUGACAAUCAAUACAAUAAUGAAAGUUAUGAUGAUAUAGGUAGAUUUGAUAAUAAUCAAGAUAAUGACACUGACGACACUGAUGAAGAGGAACAGGAAGAAGAAGACUCACAAGAUAAAGAAUAUGAAAAGGAUCUAAAUUAUACAAAGAGUGGAAGAAAUGUAGAUGUUAAUGAUGAUAUUGGUGAAAUAUUAGAGUCUAUAGAUCAAGGAGCAUUGGAGAAAUUGGGAAUUAGGAAAGCUGAUGGCACACCCUAUCAAUCAAUGACCGAAUUGGUUGAGGAUUUAUCAAAGGAUGGUCAUACUAGACAUCUUCUCAAUAUAACAGAUACUGUUGAAAAGAAAUUAGAGUCAUUACCAACAUCUGUCAUUGAUACUUAUUUAGAACAAUCAUCACAAUUGGUACAAUUACAUAAUGUUAUUCAAGAGAAUGACAAGAUUCUUGCAAGUAUUGAAGAGGUAUUUCAAUCAUUUGAUGAUGAACUUCACGAUUUAAUCAAGGAUAUGCCAGACACGCAUGUAACUACAAUGCUUGUUAGUCAAUCAUUGGAAAAUAGAAUGAAAACAAGAGAUGCAGUAUCUGCAAUUGUCAAACGUAUCGUCAUCCCACCAAGCCUCAUCAACAGUAUCACAUCUGAUGAUAUCAAUGAGGAAUAUGUACAAAACAUUCAACUUUUAACAAAGAGAGUAGAAAACCUAGAAGAUUUAAUGGGUAUACAAGCAAAGUUUGGUGAAGAUAUUGCAUUUGAAAUUGAUUUAUUAAAGAAAAAGGCAUGCUAUUCAGUUAGAGAUUUCUUACUGAAACUAAUUAUUGGUCUAAGAAAACCAAGAACCAAUGUACAAAUUUUACAACAAUCCAAAUUAUUUAAAUAUAGUGCACUUAAUCAAUUCAUCUAUGAUAAUUCUCCUUCAUUUGCUGUUGAAAUUAAAAAUCUUUAUUUGGAAACAGUUUCAAGAAUAUUUAUUUCAUAUUUUAAAAAUUAUGGAGGAUCAUUAUCAAAGGUAUAUGUACCAAUUGCAACAAAAUCAGAUGUUGUUGGGUAUUAUGAUAAUACUAUUAAAGGGUAUUUUGGAACAACUUCAAAAGCAGCAGUAGAUACAUUCAAAGCAUCGGCAUUUAAUUUGAAUGUACCUAACCUACCAAACGACAUUUGGACGAGUAUUCGAAGCGAAGAAAUUCUCGAUAAACCAGAUACUACCACAACCAACAUGUUGAGAAGAUCUCACAUCUUGUUGAGGGCUACCGAUGCACCACUUAUCGUUCCUCAUACAGCUAUCAAAAAUGCUAAAAAGUAUCCAUUUGAACAAAUAUUUAGAUCAAUGAAUAUUCUACUACUCGAUACUGUAUGCUCUGAAUACCUAUUUGAUCAAAAAUGGUUUGCUAAACCUUUAGUUUCAAACAAAGAAACAUCAGGUUUAAUUAAACCAAUGUUUGAUAAAAUAUUUCAAGUUUUCUAUGAAAAUAUUAAUCAAUAUGUUUCAACUAGUUAUGAUUGUUUAGGAAUUUUAUUAUGUAUAAAGUUGAAUCAAAUGUUUGUAAAUAUAUUAAAUGAGAGACGAAUCGAUAUACCAUGUCUCAGUAACUACUUUCACCAAGUCGAUGUCAUUCUAUGGGAUAAAUUCAGUGAAUUAUUUAAAAGAAAUAUUGAUAGUCUUAAAAUUGCUCUAACCAAAGAUAGUGGUGUUGUUGAUUUUAGACCUCAUAUUUAUACAAGAAGAUUUUCAGAAUUUUAUGCAAGUAUCUCUGAAAUUAUUGGUGGAGGUGUAGCAGACUCUCGUGUUACAGCUUGGGUUGCUGUCCUUCGUUCAUCAAUGGAAAGAUUAUUAGAACAUCUAUCAAAUAAUUUCCCAGACAAGAAAACAAAAUCAAUGUUUUUAAUUAAUAAUUAUGAUGUUGUUUUAUCUGUUCUUCGUGAAAAUAAUUUACCAGAAAAUGAUGAAGGAUAUAUAUUAUUUAAUCAAUUAUUGAUAGAUCAAACAAAUAUUUAUAUUGAAGAACAAUUAUAUUCACACUUUAAAACAUUGAUUGAUUAUAUUAAAAUCACAGAAUCACAAACAAUGAGUAGUCAACAAGCAUCAAUUGAUAAAGAUGCAAUGAAUACUUUGAUUUGUGAUUUUUCACAGAGAUGGAGAGAUGUUUUACAAAGAAGUCAUUUAGAUGUAAUGACCAACUAUUCCAACUUUAAUCUUGGAUCUAAUAUAUCCAAGAAAAUCAUCUUUCAAUUUUUAAUCUAUUACAAGAGAUUCGAUGAAUUGGUCAAACGUGCCUUGAAACAAUCUGGUCAAGACCAAGCGACUCAAUCAAUCAAGACCACUUUUAUCCCAAUAUCAACCAUCACUUAUGAGGUUCAGAAAAAAAAUUUCAUUACAAUACUAUUGGUAUUCCUCCUUACAAUAGUAUAUACAUCAUUUGCUACAGACAUUGAUACAAUUAUAAAAGAAGCAGAUGAAUUAUUUAAAACAGCAAGAUAUGAUGCCUCGGUAGAGAAAUAUACAAUGGCAAUUGAUAUGAUUGGAGAUGCAAGCAGUGAGAGCAGUGACAUGUCAAGCAAGUUGACAUCUGUACUAUUUAAACGUGCAGGUAUCUACCAAACCAAGGGAAAGAACAUUUUGGCAUUAUCAGAUCUCAACAGAGCACUUCAAUACAAUCCAACCAAUAUUCACGCCAAGUUAAAGCGUGCCAAGAUUCUUACAUCACUUGGUCGUUUUGAAGAUGCAACAGAUGAAUACAAAUCGGUUCUAAAGACAAAACCAGACAAUCCCGAAGCAAAGAAACAACUUGCACUCAUUCAAAAGACAUCUAGUCAACUCGAACGGGCAAAGGAAUUGUAUGAAGGCAACAAAUUGAAUGAUCUCUUGCCAGUAUUGAAUAGUAUUCUCGAAUCUACGCCAGAUAACAAACAAUCACGUCUUUGGAGAUGCGAAUGUACCUUUAACAUCAAGGACUAUCGUCGUGUUAUCGAUGACACCACAGCAGUACUCAAAGCCGAUGGAUCAAAUCUAGAAGCAAUGUAUUGGAGAUCUAAAGCUUUCUUUGCACUUGGUGAAAAGGAUGCUGCUUUAAAGUUUAUUAAAGAUGGUUUGAAAUUUGAUUCAGAUCACUCAAAAUUAAAACAAGAAUUAACUAGAAUUACCAAAUUUGAUAGAAAUACUAAAGAGGCAAAUGAUUUCUUUGUUCAAGGAAGAUAUGAAGAAUCAUUAAGAGAAACAAAUAGUGCAUUAGAACUUGAACCAAAUCAUCCACAAUAUUCACCAUCACUUUACCUUUUAAAAUGUAAAGUAUUAUUAAAAUUAAGAAAGGGACAAGAUGCCAUCAACGCAUGCGGAAAAUCGAUAGAAUUGGAUGAUAAUUCAGCAGAUGCAUACUAUAAUCGUGGAGAAGCAUUCAUGUACACGGAAGAGUAUGAUCGUGCAUUGGCAGACUUCCAAAAGGCUCAUGAAAAGAGUCCAAACGAUCACAACAUUAUGGACGGUAUUAGACGUGCACAACAGAAACAAAAGCAAGCCAAACGUAAAGACUAUUACAAGUUGUUGGGUGUCGACAAGGGUGCUACACCACAAGAGAUUAAAAAGGCAUUCAAGAAGCUUGCACUGACACAUCAUCCAGACAAGGGUGACCAAAGUGAAGAAUCAAAGAAAAAGUAUGUCGAAAUGACAGAGGCCUAUGAAACACUCAUCGACCAAGACAAACGUGAUAGAUACGAUCGUGGUGAAGAUGUCAAUGAUCCAAUGGCUGGGCGUCAACAACAACAAGGAUUUGGUGGUGGUUUCCCAUUCGGAGGUGGUUUUGGAUUUGGUGGUGGUGGCCAUCAUCACCAACAACAACAACAUUUUACUUUUAAUUUUGGUGGAUUUGGUCAUUAA